UCGUUUUCGCCCUCUCUCCCUCCCUCUGUCUCCGGCUCCGAGGGGAUCAGUAAGCAGUGGGGUCUGUGCAAUGGCUCUUCGCACAGCGACUCUCAGACUCUCCGCUAACAUUGCUGUCAGACGCAGCGGCAGUGGGACAAGCCGCCUCCUGCAGCCAACACAGAGGAUGCUGAGCAGCGAGGUGCUCCAGGCUCUCGAGACAGUGACGGGCAGCUCGGGGCUUUCUGUGGCAACAGCAGUGCGGGAGCAGCAUGGGCGAGAUGAGUCGUUCCACAGGUGUCACCCACCCGAAGCGGUGGUGUGGCCGCAGAGCGUGGAGCAGGUCAGCAGUUUGGCCGGAAUCUGCUACAAACACAACGUCCCGAUCAUCCCCUUUGGCACGGGCACUGGGGUGGAGGGAGGAGUCGUUGCCUGGAUGGGUGGCGUGUGCUUUAACCUCACCAAGAUGGAUAAAGUCGUAGACGUGAAUGCUGAGGAUUUUGAUGUUACUGUGGAGCCAGGGGUCACCAGGAAAAGCCUGAAUUAUUACCUCCGCGACACCGGCCUCUGGUUUCCGAUUGACCCUGGUGCCGAUGCCUCGCUGUGUGGAAUGGCAGCCACCAGUGCCUCGGGUACCAACGCAGUGCGGUACGGCACCAUGAGGGAGAACGUCAUCAAUCUGCAGGUGGUGCUGGCAGACGGCAGAGUGGUGCACACGGCAGGGAAGCAUCGCAGGUUCAGGAAGUCAGCAGCUGGUUACAACCUGACCAAUCUCUUCGUGGGCUCGGAGGGAACUCUGGGGCUAAUAACCCAGGUCACACUGCGCCUCCACGGGAACCCGGAAGCCAUAGUUUCGGCCGUCUGUUCGUUCCCUAGCGUCCAGGCAGCUGUGGACAGCACCGUGCAGACCCUCCAGAGCGGGGUCCCGAUAGCCAGGAUCGAGUUCCUGGAUGACGUGAUGAUUGGGGCCUGUAACAGCUACAGCAAACUCAACUACACGGAGGCAUCCACACUCUUCCUGGAAUUCCACGGGACAGAGAGGAGCGUGGAGGAGCAGAUCCACGUGACAAAGGGAAUAGUGAAAGAGAACAGCGGGUCAGACUUCUCCUGGGCCCGGGAUGCAGAGACGCGGAGCAGGCUGUGGCAGGCUCGGCACGACGCCUGGUACGCUGCUCAGGCCAUGUGGCCCGGCUGCAAGAUUUACUCGACAGAUGUCUGUGUCCCACUCUCCAAACUGCCUGAAGUAAUUGUAGCUACAAAAGAAGAUUUGGUGAAGUCAAAGCUUACAGGACCCAUCGCAGGCCACGUAGGAGAUGGCAACUUCCAUUGCCUGAUGGUGCUGGAUCCCGAGGAUAAGGAGGAGAGCAGGCGGGUGCAAGAGUUCACCAGCAGACUGGCCAGGCGAGCUCUGGCAAUGCAAGGGACCUGCACCGGGGAGCACGGCAUAGGCUUGGGCAAGCGACAGCUACUUAUUGAAGAGAUGGGGGACACUGGCAUCCAAUUAAUGAGGGACAUCAAGGCCACUCUGGAUCCCAAGAACAUCAUGAAUCCUGGGAAAGUGCUGAGGCUUGCUUCAGAAUGCUGAAACUCCCUUCUUCCACUUGUAAUGAUACUCAAUCCAAAGCACGGGCGUGUUAGUAAGUUUCUUUAUUGUCAAAUCAAAGCACUCCAAUCCACUAACCAUAACCACACUAAUUUGUUCUCUAUUCCCAGUGUCAUAGGAACAU